AUGCUGUAUCCCCUUCUCUUUCCACGAGGAGAGCUCGGUUGGCAUCAACGCUUGCUACAAGAGGGCCCUCGCCUAACCCCUGUUCGCAAUCGGAACAGUAUCAGGGAGUAUACUAGCUAUCGUCUUGCUAUUCGUUACAAUGGCAACAACGACACGAUCCACGUUACUAAGAGUUUAUUACAUAAUGGUCGAUUUCUGUUUCAACAGUUUGUGGGUGAUCAUUACCUUCGAAUGGAAGCGAACAACUUGCAGUACAUUAGAUGGCAUCAAGCUGAGCUUUUUGCCGAAUCGUAUCAGGGACUUGUGGAUCACAUCAACCAACAGCUCCAACUAGACGCACCCGUGGCGGGCGUCGGCCGUAGGAUGAUUUUGCCAUCGUCUUUCACAGGCGGUCCCCGUUUCAUGAAACAGUGUUAUCAUGACGCGAUGGCAAUUGUGUGUAAGUGUGGAAAGCCUAAUCUUUUUAUUACAUUUACGUGUAAUCCUAGCUGGCCGGAGAUCUCACAAAAUCUACCAAGAUGGGCAACGGCAAGCGACAGACCGGACCUGGUGUCCAGAGUGUUCAAUGCGAAACUCAAGCAGCUGAUGCGCGACAUAACGGUGAACAAUAUAUUUGGUAAUGUCGAUGCAUAUGUUUAUACUGUCGAGUUUCAGAAACGAGGACUGCCACACGCCCACAUACUGAUCAUUCUGAGCGAGGGUAGCAAGUUGCUAACCGCCGACGACGUCGACAAUGUAGUGUACGCCUUCUUGCCAGACCCGGUGACUGAGCCGCGUCUAUUCGAUUGUGUGACGAGACACAUGAUACACGGGCCGUGUGGCACGCUGAACCCAAACAGCCCAUGCAUGGUGGACAACAGUUGUUCAAAGAAGUUUCCAAAAGAAUACAGCGAAGAGACUGUAUACAUUGCUGACGGUGGUUACCCAAAGUACUGUCGGCCAAACAACGGACCUGUGGCCAGGGUUAGAAAUCAAGAGGUCAGCAAUGAGUUUGUCGUGCCUUACAAUCCGUACCUGUUAGCAAAAUACGAUGCACACAUUAACGUAGAGGUAUGCUCUACUGUGAAGAGUGUUCAGUAUUUGUAUAAAUACGUAUAUAAAGGGCACGAUGCUGCGACCAUGGAAGUAUGGAACGGAAAUGAAAUAGACAGAUACAUAAAUGUUGUUUUCAGUUACAUAAAUUCGAGGUACGUCAGCCCACCAGAAGCCGUCUGGAGGUUGUUUGCGUAUAAACUACACGACAUCAGUCACACGGUAGUUAGACUUCCGGUGCACCUAGAAAACUACCACAACGUGUACUUUGCGCGUGGACAGGAACUACAGGGGGUACAAAACAACGCCCUACCUCGAACAAAACUCACGGCGUUCUUCGCGCUCAACGAGAGAAACGUUGAUGCCAGACAGUAUCUUUACCACGAGAUACCGACACAUUACACUUGGCAAGCAUCGUCAAAAGAGUGGAGACUGCGGCGAAUACAGGCACCUCGCGAGACGUUAUCUCGAAUGUACGUCGUCAACCCACUGGAUAGAGACCGUUUUCAUCUACGAUUGCUACUCUUGCACAGAAGAGGCCCGCGGUCUUUCCGAGACUUGAAGACGGUAAACGGGGUAGUGCAUGCCACAUACGCGGCCGCCGCCGUUGCGUUGGGAUUGUUGGAAGACGACGAAGCGUGGCGGGCGUGUAUGACAGAAUCAUCGGCGUUGGACACAGCCACUCAACUGCGUUAUCUAUACGUCACGAUACUAUUGUUUUGCCACCCCGCGGACCCCGCGGACCUGUACCGGCGGUUUGAAGUCAACAUGAUGGAAGACUUCAAUCGGCGCUUCCAAAACGUCGACCGCGCUAGGGCGGCGUGUCUCAAAGCAAUCAGAGACCUACUUCGUGCACGCGGAAAAUCACUCGACGACUACGGUCUACCCAGUCCAGACGAAGAUCUACUGGAACCGGAUCAAGACGACCCAAUGUUCGGUGCAAUAGACGCGGCCGUUGCCUGGCAACAGCGAUUGCGCGAAUUGAACGACGAACAACGAACGGUGUACGAUCGAGUGAUGGCGGCCAUCGAUGACAACCGCAACGUUCAGAAAAUGUUCUACGUCGACGGGCCAGGAGGAACGGGAAAAACGACGCUAUACGGAUGCCUAAUAUCGUCGCUUCGUAACAGACAACAAACGGUGUUGAGCGUGGCAUACACCGGGAUCGCCGCAUCCCUCAUGGAGGGCGGCAUGACGGUGCACUCGACUUUCGGAUUGCCAUUGGGAACGCUGACCGAACAAUCUACUUCGAGUAUCACCAUGCAGUCUUUGCGCGCGCAAAGGAUACGUGAAGCUUCGCUGAUUGUCUGGGACGAAGCGCCCAUGUCCCCGGGCCUACAAUUCACGGUGGUCGAUCGCUUGCUCAAGGACAUCAUGGGAUCGGCACUACCGUUUGGUGGUAAACCAAUACUGUUAGCUGGCGACUUCAGGCAGAUAUUGCCCGUCGUUCGCCGGGGGAACAGGAGCUCCAUCGUCAUGUUAUCUAUCAAACGCCACUCAUUGUGGAGAGAGUUUGAACAGUUUCGGCUGACCCGGAACAUGCGCGCCGACAACGACGCCGACUUCGCUGCUUGGCUACUUCGGCUCGGUAACGGUCAACUGCCGUCGGUCGACGGUAUUCCAGACACUGUCGACAUCCCACCGCAACUGGUUUGCGACGUUGUGGAUUUGACCGAUUUUGUCUAUCCGCAGCGAAUGUCGUUGGCCAACGUCGACGAGUUCGCUCGGAGAAUCAUACUGUGUCCCCGCAACGAGGAAUGCCAUCAAAUAAAUUCAACAGUGCUACGUCGCGUCACGGGCGCCCAAAGGACGUACUCAUCCAUAGACACAGUUGUGAUCGACGACGCCGACGAAGCGGCAAACUACCCGACAGAGUACCUCAACUCUCUGCAUCCGAACGGGCUACCGCCGUACAAGUUGACGCUUAGAGUCGGUUCGAUCGUCAUGUUACUGAGAAACAUUGAUCCGAAAAGACAACUUUGCAACGGGACGAGGUUGGUGGUCACUGAACUGCGGCCACACAACUUCAAGGCGAGGAAGUUGUCCAGCGCCGACGACGGGCAGGACGACAUCAUCUUACCCGCCGUUGCGUUGACUUCCGGUGAGGAAGACGAUUUGCCUUUUCAAAUGAAGCGGAUUCAAUUUCCGGUACGGUUGUCGUUUGCCAUGACAAUCAACAAGUCUCAGGGUCAAACGUUCGACAGAGUCGGUUUGCUCCUGCCGUCACCCGCCUUCAGCCACGGACAGCUGUACGUUGCGUUUUCAAGAGUGAGGGACGCGCAAUCCGUCACUUCGAGUCGGCAUGCACUGCGAUGGAAAUGGUCGAUUUGUCACCAAGAAUAUCGUGUACGCAGAAGUACUCUGACGCGAUUACAGGUACCUAUAUAA